CUGAGCGGCGCGCGUCAACCGCCUGCCCGUCCCGCCAACGAUCGGCAGACCGUCGCCGCAGCUUUCUGGCACCGGGUCCGAAGAAACGCGGUUCGCCGGCCUCACUGCCGUGUACGCGCGCGUGAAUUUUGUGCGCCAAACGGAGCUGCACCGCGCCGUACCUACGUCCGUUUAGCCGCAGUCACAUAAGUACGACGAGAGCGCAACUCUAUUUCCGAAAUAUAUAAACGUGGACGUAUACAACGUCACGGCAGCGGCAUAAUAAUACUGCGUGUGUCACCGGGACGGAGACGGCGGCGAUCACGUAAUCGGUUCACCGAUGCCGGAUAAAGUGAUUGUUUUGAACGAAGGACCACCAUGGGGAUUCCGAAUGACUGGCGGAAAAAAUACAGGAUCACCAUUAAAAAUAUCAAGGGUCAACAGUGCAGGGAAAGCAGCAAAAUCUGGUGUACGAGAAGGGUUUUUAAUUGAAUCAAUAAAUUCAGCGUCUGUUGAUCACCUUACAUCUAAUGAAGCACAAGCAUUAAUUAGAAAUUCCGGAGAUACGUUAACUAUAGGUGUUUAUCGGCAAUCAAAGUCCAAUAUUGAAAAGAACAAACAAAGACAUGAAGCUGAAUCUAAAGCAGGUGUGGAAAAAAGUGAAAAACCAAAACCGGUCGAAACAGAAACACCGAACAAAAAAAGUAAAAGAGUACGAAAGCGUAGGAGAAAAAAGAAACGUGCAGACUCUCCCGAAAAAUUAAACGGUCAACUUCCUGAAACUUUACCAGAUAAAAUAAAAGAACAGACUCAAGAAAUAGCACAAGUAACAGAAAGUCCAAAAAUACAAAUAAUAUCAGCAACUUCAGAUUUGCAAGUUGAUGAGUUAGAAUGGAUCAAAAAAAAUGAAGCACUCUUAAUAGCUGACUUAAAAACACGUCAACAAGCUGGUUUACCAAUUGAAGUAGUAGUCAGAGUUGAAAAAAUUACACCUUCGGUACCAGAAUAUUGUCAAAUUAUUCCAGACUUUUGCCAUUUGGAUGUUAUUAGAGAGGAAACAAGUGCAAGCGAUGAUGACCCUAAAAAAGAAACUUUGGAAUGCUCCGAAAAAAUUAGAAACAAGAAGAAUUUUAAAAAGUCACCUGACGAUUGGGGUUCAGAUGUCAACGAAGAAAAAAAUAACAAAUUAAAAAAUAAUUCUAGAGUAAAUGCAAGUGAAACUAUUUCUUCAGAAUGUCAGCUCGAAAGACUAAAGUCCCCGUCUUUAGUCAGAGAGUCGGAGAUUCUUAGAUUUGCAGAUAUUGUUACUACUGAAAACGAAUGUGUGGUUGAUUUAGAAACACUUGAACCGUUAAAUGUACAUAAUAUAGAAAAAAAUGAAUGUAUUGACAGGGAAAUACGUAGUAUAUCAAACAAAAAUAAUUUGAUUAAUGAAAAACAUAAAAACGAUUACACUGUAAAAGAUGAAAAAGUUGACAAAAAUCCACUACAACACACAAAAAAAAAAAAUAAUUGUAUAGUUGUAAAUGGUAAUAAUAAUAGAAAAAAUCAAUUCAUAACUAAUACAUUACUCGAUAUAGAAUCAUGUGAAGAUACGAAUGAAUACUUUCAAGAUAACUCUAUUGAAGUUGAUUAUCAAGAUAAAAAAGUGAAAAAUUUGGAUGUUUUAAAUACAAAAAGUCAGUUCAUUAAUUGCUCUGCUUCAACUAAGCUUUCAAGUAAAUCAAAUAUGAAAAAUGAUAAUGAAUCCUUAAAAAGUGUUUUUAAUAACUAUCAAAAGAAUAUGGAACACGAAGAAGAGUCUUCAGAUGAUAGUACUAUAAAACAAUUUAAAGCAUACGACCAUAAACACAAAAUACGUAAACAAAACAAAGUUUCCAUUCACGAUAAAUUAAAACAAAUCGCUAGAUUACUUCAGGAUGAUACCGAUGAUUAUGAAGAAAUACAAUCAUCACAAACAACUUCUAGAUGUGUUUCAAUAGCUUCUGAUGCUGACGUUGACACUGAUUGGAUAAGUUUUACUCUAUCUGACGGCGAGUCAUCAACAUCUUUAUGCCUAUCGCCUAGUCAAUCGAGAUCGUGUCACGCUCCGUCCACUACUUCUAAAGCGUCUGCAAUUAUUGACCUGCACAAAAAAUUUCUUAAUAGAACAAGAAGUCCAAAUUUAUCUCCACGUCAAGAUAUAACACCCACAGUUGAUAUUUUAAGUUAUAACAAAUCGCAAUCACAGUCGUCUUCAAAGUCAUAUAGUUCUGAAGUUUUUGACGAAGCGUGUCGAAUGUGCGGUACGAGUGACGAACCAUUAUCUGAUGCUGAAUGUCUAGUAUCUUUGCGCAAGUAUCGAGAAACACGAUCUAGGUUAUUGGAUGUAAUCCAAAAAGAACAACAACUUAAUCGAUCAGUCAUCGAUCGACCGUCAUCAAUGCCUACGUUUAUGGACACGCUGUCGUUUCCCGACAAUCAAACAAGGGAGCUCAUGUACGCGGAGUACAUGGAAAAAGUGAAAGAAAGAGAAAAUCGACUUCAAAAUAAAGUUAUUAGAAUAACAAAGGCCAGUAGACCGUUAUCAUCAGGUACACUGCAAUCAUUAAAUGAUAUCGAUGCAGAGUUUGUAACCAAAGCUCGUGAGAGGUUGGAUAAGUUAGGUGUCGAGACAGAUGUGCAUAUAGAAGUGAAGGAUGAAUAUUAUCCAAAACACUUGGUGGACAUUGUACCGGAAGAAGAAGUUUGCAUCGAAGAAGUGCACAUGAAUGUCAGAACAAAUAACAAAAUAUCUAAACGAAAGACAUCUAGUUGCUCACUUCUAGAGGAAAUCGAUCAAGUUUUUGGUGGAUUUUUGACUAAAAAAAAUAUAGGUGUCUGGUCGCCAGAACUAAAGCAUAAAUCAUUGGACUUAGAGAAUAUCACAAGAAAAGCAGAGAAAAAUCAGCCGCGGACCGAACUACCUCCAGUAUGGACACCCAACUCCAGCCCGACACCUGAAAGAAAAUCUUACAAGCCAGUCAGGUUCGAAUCACCAACGCUAUCUCGAAAGAUAAUCAAUGAGGAUAUUAAAAAAGAACCUCCGAAACCACCAGUCGACUUACCUGUAUUAAGCUCUCCACUACCACCACCUCCUCCUCCUCCAUUACCGUUUAAAAUACAAGGCGAUGAAAAUGUUCAUAGCACGGACAGGAGACUUCCAAGAGUUCAAAGCCCUACUGUUACGCUCCUUCAGAAAGCAAGAGAAGGACAGUUACCUAAAGGCUCUGCUUAUCUCAACUCAGAAGAAUAUAGUAUGGACAAGGAAAAUAAAACAAGAGGUUCUACUAUCAAACGUAAUGUCGAAACUCAAGAAAUAAAAUACGCUUCAAGGCGCGAGUAUGAUAAUCUGCAAUCAGAUGAGAAAAAGCAAAAAAAAAUGGUCGAAAUCAGUUCAAAAAAGUACGAAGGUAUUGGUCCAACAACUAAAGAAGGAGUUCCAAUAGUAUUGAGAUCGGAAAUCAAAGAACCAAAUCAACCAAAAUGGUACAAGCAGAUGUAUGAGUCUUUACAUAAGUUUCAAUCCGAUGAUGAUGGGGUAACUGUACGAUACAAAACAAUAUCGCGAGGACCUAAAGCCAGAAAAGGUGAUGGAUAUUCAUCAGAACCGGAAAAAGGGUAUGAAUCAGAUUUCGGCGAAAACAGACUAUUCCAAAAUUUAGACGGUGAAUAUACGAGAAAUAUUUCUACAAGAAGAUCUGUAUCCCCUGUAAAAUGUGGUCAAGACAGAUACAAGAAUCAGCCAAGACCAAUCGAAAACUAUGAACCGGGACAUUCUUCGAUAGCCGAAAAAGAAACAAGACAAUGGUGGGAUGAAGUUAUGAAUACUUUUGACGGGGAUUCCGAACAUAAAAUUCCACCUACUCAAAAUCGGUCAUCGUCAAAAAAAUCGAAUCUGGCUCAAGCUUUAAAAGAAUCUGGAUAUGAUAGCGAUUCCACAUUAAUAUUUAAAAGGCAAGAAAAUCAAUCUCAUUGCCUCUCACCGACCGAACAAAAAACUGCAUAUAAAGUAAUUCAAAAUGGUGGAGAAGUUCCAUUCCAGGGCUUACGAAAAAAUUUUCCUGAACGACCAAAAGAUUUGGAGUUGGAGUAUUUGCCAAUCACGUCUCAUUUAACUAAAAUCCAAAUUAUGAAAUUCGAUAAUGAAAUUAUUCAUCACCCUUGGAAGGAAGUCACUUGUUACCCAGUCUUUUCAAACUUUAAGAGAACAGCUAAAUCAUCAGCUAAUUCUACUGGAUCACCUCCUACUCCUCCUCGACGAGAAUCAUCUCGUAAAAAUUCUAGACUUGAGCGAUGGACUAAAGGCGUUGAAAAAGAAUCUAGUGUCGAACUAAAAGUUCGUAAAUCAAAACCCGAAACAGAAAAAAGAUCAAAAAGCUUAAGUUUGAAAAGUUCAACGAAAAUAUACAAUAAUAAUCUUAAGAAGGAAAAAGAAAAGUCUCCUAAAGUUACAGUUGCUGUUCCAACAAAAGUAAAAGUGCUUCCUAGAUCCAGUACUUCAUCAACAAAUUCUUCAGAAUCAUCUUUACCCAAAAAAACUAAAUCAUUAUCUACUCCAGCUAAAAGCAUCUCUGUUUCUAAAACUGCUCAGAAAACAAUUUCAAAAGAAAAGGCAUUAAAAAGUAAUUUAGUAAAAACAAAUAGCGGAAAACGACAAAGCCAAAAAAUUGAAAUUAUUAAAACAUCAGGGAAAUCAAAUUUAAAAAGCGAAAAAGAUAUAAAAAAUAAUGAAAAACAAAAUCAGUUUGGAGAAGAAUUUUUUCAACAAUUACUUUUGACUGACGAAAAGAAAAAACAAAUUCCUAAAAUAAGUCCAAUCAAGGAUAAAGAAAAAUCUAAUGUGUGUCAUAAAGGAAGCAAAAUAGAUAUAUAUUUAUCAAGUAAAAAGCCUGUAUCUGAAUCUAAAUUUAAAUCUUUCGAUAAAUAUCAAUCUUCUGGUGCAACAGAAUGGGAUCAGUUUGGAGAUGAAAGUGUUGAUUUUCUAAAAGGCAGAAGUGCCAGUGAACCACCAUCGCGUUCUCCAUCUUCUCGUCGUAUUAGAAGUUUCCAAGCACCUGUAAAAUUGAUUGAAAGUGUAACUGGUAUCCGUCGAUGUCAACGAUCUAAAAGUGCUGAAGAACCUAUGGAGAGAGUGAAAAAUGCUGCAGUCGAUUAUGAAUAUCAAACCUAUGUAAGAGAGUUAAGACAUUCAAGUAAGAAAUCUGAACGCUUUAAAGAAUUACAUAAUUUUUAUUGUAGUUUGGAAAGAUUAGGAGAAUUAGAAAAAACUGCAGAAAAUGCAAGUAAUAAAGUUCGAACACGUGGAGAUUUAGUGGACUAUGAUAAGUGGAAGACCAUUCGGACUAAGGAAAGAGCUGAAACUGAAAUCAAAUCAUUGCAUGCAAAACUUGAAGAUGUUCAGAAGUCAAAAGAUGUGUUAUACAAAACAAAAGAUCCCGAAGAAAUACGUUGGAAAGGGAAUUUAGAUCGUGGUUUGAGAAAUAGAGAAACUUCAGUGACUGAUUUGAAACGAAAAUUUCAUGCUAUCGGGGCCGAUACUUAUUGUAAACCAGAAGUUAACGUUUACAGGCCACUAUGGAGAGGAACUUCAGUUCAAGAUGUAGCUGCAUCAUUAAAACACAUUACGUCAUCAAAAAGAGGUCGUCCUGUAUCAGAGGAGAGGGAAAGUAAUUAUACACCUAUACCUAGAAGAUCGAGUUCUAGAAGUCCUUCUAAUAUUGGUUGCCGAAUAUGGAGCAGUCUUUCUAUGGAACAAUUGAAUCGACUCAAGACACAACUUAAUGAAGUAUAUAGUACAAUAUCUGACAUGAAAGGAGAAAGAAUACCAAGAGCUAUACAGAGAACUAAAUUAAAAAACGAUUACGAAAUUGAAGUUAAUGGCAGGGUAAAGAAAUCAGAGAUCAGCUCAUCGUUGUACAUAAGAUCGAGUUCAAUGGGGCCUUCUAGAAAGAAAAAUAGAGAAGAAGUCCUCAGAAAAGCUGAUUCGAUUGGAUCAGUGUGUUUAAGUGAAAAUGAAAAAAAAAAAAUUUCAAAAAAUAUUAGUAAUGAAGUAUUAGAAAAAAAACAAAAAAAGCAUUCAGGAAAUUUAGUUAUACCCAAAGAAACUCUAGGAGCUGUUGCAGCAGUUAAAUGUAAAAAAAAUAUUCCUGAAAGUGUUUCACCGAGAACAUGUUACUCCAUUGACGUAUCCGAAGAAGAAUCUAUUGCAAAGAAUUGCGAAAAAAACUAUUUAUUGGUCUUGGCUGAUAAUGAAGACAAGAAAAAAAUGAUUUCUGAUUGGGCAAAUGGCACAAAUAUUAGUGAAUCCAGCUCAUCUGCUUCUACAGUUAUACACCUUGGAGCAAAAAAAACAAAUUUACAUUCAUCUCAAAGUUUUUCAUCUAUGAAAUGUAUUUUUGGAGAAAGAGAUUGUAUGCGAAAAUUGUUAUCUCCAUCACCAGACCGCUGCUACGAGUAUUCAAAAUUAAUUAAAAAUGGAUUUGUUAGAAAACUUUGUAGAAAAUUUGAAAGCUUUGAUGAUCUUCGAUUUUUGCAUACUUCAAUUAAAUCAAAUACUUUAAAAAAAUACAAGAGUGACCCAGAACUUAAUCAGAAUAUUAUAAGAUAUCAUGAAUAUGGUGAUGUACAAAGUCUGAAAACUAAAUACGAACGGUGUAAAAGUCCAGUGCCUAAGUGUCCAUUGAGGCCAGACAAUAGACUUAUGCCCCGUAUAAAUGUAAUUAGUAAACUGGCGAGUCUUCAAGAUAAGUUAACUAAAGGUGAAGUAGAAAGAAUAAGGACCAUGUUUGAAAAUAGAAAUAGAGCAUUUAUGUUGGGUCAAUUUUAUACUUCUACUCCUGAUUUGAGAGAAGCAAGAAAAAUGAUACCAUUUUUAGACUGCAAUUGGAUGGCACACAGAUAUCCAGAACCAGAACCUUUAACCAAACCAAAAGUGAGACCUAAAUCUGCAUCACCAGUCAGAUAUAACAGAAAACAUCACCAUCCUUCUAUUUUAAAACAUUCAAAACACGAUGGAUUUUUAAGCCAACCGUACAAUCCGGAAGCUCAUAAGCCCAAGUAUAGGUGGACACCAUCUUGGAAUGGUGUAUGGACCCAACAGCCAACAUUACCACCAAAACCAUCAAUUGUAAAAUUUAAAGAUUCACCACACAAAUAUGCUGAGUCGGAGGUAACACUACAGUAUCGACGUCCGGUUCGGAAUGAAAUUAAAGAAGAAUGGACAGAAGAAGAGUUAGCUAACAAGCAGGCAGAAGCUAUGAGAAGGAUUUAUCAAGAAGAAAGACGAAGAAAGUACCUUCAAGAACUUCAAGACAUGUCGAAUAGGAGACAUGCAGACAACUUAUUGCCUUCUCAAAAAUCUCCCAUCCCAUUAAACCGCUACGACGACUUUGUUGACGAGAGCCCACAACCGCCAAGAAGUCGUACUCCAGAACCAAAGCUCGUGGCAAGAGCUUUAUACAACUUUGUUGGCCAAACGUCCAGAGAACUGUCGUUCCGGAAAGGUGACAUCAUAUUCGUCCGGAAACAGAUCGACAAGAAUUGGUACGAGGGGGAGCACAAUGCUAUGGUCGGAUUGUUCCCUUUCAACUAUGUUGAGGUAAUUCCGUACGAUGGUAUCAGGACAACACCGCACAGACCUUAUGAGGGCCAAGCAAGGGCGAAAUUCAAUUUUGUUGCACAGACCAAUAUGGAAUUGUCUUUGGUCAAAGGAGAACUGGUUGUACUGACUAGGCGUGUUGAUAACAACUGGUACGAAGGCAGAAUUGGAAAUAAAAAGGGAAUAUUUCCUAUAUCUUACGUUACAGUUUUAGUAGAACCAAGCGAUCAUCCAAACUCAUCAACGAGCGAGUCAUUCAAACCCGUGGCAUCUCCAGCAUCGCAUUCUCUCAUUACCAGUAACCCGCCAAAAACACAACACAUGUACCAGCCGGAUAGCUAUUCUUCUAUGCCGACAAGAAAUUCCGGGACUCAAACGAAGAAACAAGCAAAUAACAUAAAUGAAACACUACACGUUGACGUACAUUCGGAACCUAUGCCUUAUAGGGCGUUAUACAAUUAUAAGCCACAGAACAGUGACGAGUUAGAACUAAGAGAAGGCGACGUAGUAUUCGUGAUGGAAAAAUGCGACGAUGGAUGGUACGUAGGAUCGAGUAAGCGGACAGGAUGCUUUGGCACUUUCCCUGGCAACUAUGUCCAACGCAGUAUCUGAUCUGAUCGCUGUAAAACAAAACAAUUUUUCUAAAAAAUCACCUUUACGUCUCUUCGUCCUCGUCCUCCUCUCCGUGCAUGUCAUCGGAUUAUCACUUGUCUCUCUAAGUAAAAUAUAAUUUUAUAUACCAAAGGAUUUUGCAUUAACUUUAAGUUGUUUAUUUAUUUUUAUUUUUUAUUUUUUUUUUUUUUUUUGGUUAUAGUUUUAAAUGUUCACUGUUAACAUAUAAUACGUAUUAUGUGUAAUGUAUAUUUCGUCUGUAAUUAGAUAUUGUGUUGUUAUAAUCGAAUAACAUUAUAUUAUUACUAUUAUUAUUAUUAUUAUUAUUAUUAUUAUUAUUAUUAUUAUUAUUAUUAUUACGGUUAUAUAAUUAUUGUAAAUGAAAAAAAAACACUAGUCAGUCAAUAUCACUAUUAGAGAUACAAUUUAAGUAAUAUAAUAUACUCUAUUCAAUAUUCUAUUAGUAUAGAACACUUUAUAAUAUAAGAUAUAUUAUACUCCAACAGAGUUUUGUUAAUAUUUGAACAAUAAUAUAAUAAUAUAUAGUAUAUACUAUUUUAUGCUAUUAUGCAUGUUGAACAUACGUCAUUUCUGACCGAUCGGCGUUAUGCGUGUGUAACCCUAAACUGUUUUGUUUUUCUAAGAAUCUUAGCCCCUCCGAACGAAUCCAGAAUAUAUUAUUAUGAUAUUUUGUUGACGAGCCUUGAUUGAUUUUAUUAUUUUUGUUUUCAAUUCGCCCACAAGAGACUUAAAACAAGCUUUAGUCCUAAACUACUGAACUUAAGAUUUCCCUCAGCUAAAUUGAUUUACCGUUGUCCUUAUAUCAUACGUAUACCUAAUCGUAUUUUGUUCAUAAAAAAUAAUACUGUUCAACACAAAAAUUAUGUGUCCAUCAUUAUACAUUCGAAUUAAAUAUAUUUCUAUUUUAUACUCCUAUACUAUAGGUACACGGUACACGUCCGCAUACACUUAGGUACGCGCGUACGCGUGUUGUACACAAAUUUGUACAAGAUACAUUAUACAGGCAUAAUAUCAUUGCAUUUUUUUUUUCAUUGGUGAGGUGUAUGAAGUGCAUCCCUCCCCCCCCCCACAUACACACCACCGAUUACUAUUCACAUGGUCUACGGAUUUUCAUGCUACACUUUCAUUUAAGGGGCUAAGCCACCGGAAGCCACCCCCCCCCCCCAGAGGACAGUCCAUGCGACACAAAAACACACACACACACACACACAUUUAUAUACGACAUAUUAUUAUAUAUAAAUAAAAUAAAUAUACUACUUGUUAUAAUAUAAUGUAUUUAUAUUUUUCAUUUUGUAUUCUCUGUAUAUUUUCGUAAGAUCAAGUGUUCCUUAUUUAAUAAGUAUAAUAAUAUUAUACGGAAUACGGAUAGAUUGGCGAAACAUCUAACUAUUUGAUGGUGUGCCCAUAAACCACAAACACAUAGAGCACACGUUUUAUUUUAUUAUAUUAUAAAUUAUUUUAUAAACUCAGUUAGAAUAUGUUUAAGAAAAUUUAUUUCUCGAAUAUGUGUAUAAUUCUUUUUUCGUCCAAUAAAGUGACUAGAGUCUAGAUUUAUAAUUUAUAGGUGUAUACAAAUUUUUUUGACACUCAAUAAUAGGAUACAAUAGUGUAAAUAUUCAAUAUUAGGCACUAUAUUAUUAUAUUAUCCGAGAGCAUCAUAAUUUAUUUGUAUAAUAUCUACCCGUUUCGUGCAAUCUAUCCUUGGUGUUAUAUUAUAAUAAUAUACAAUAUAUACGGUCAUUGUUAUUUAAUAAUAAUUUAUUGUGAAGUAAAUGUAUCUAUACAUAAUAUUUAAAAUAUAUUUUUUCAGUUUGUACACGUGCAUUU